UCAGUAAUUUAGACUAAUAUAGGGCAAAGAAGUUUCAGAAUCUGUGCUGUUCUGAAGAAUCUGAUUAGAUAUUUUCUCCAGGAUAGGAAGCUUUUCCGCUUACUUUCAGAAAAUCUACAGCACUGUACAGUUCUGUGUUCAGUGAGAUACACAAUUAGAAUUUACAGUUAAGUAGCACAAACAUAGAAACAUUUCAGUGAAAAUGUGAGAACAGUGCAUUGGUAGUUAUCCUUCUUUUUGUUUUAACUGAAGCUGUAAAAUACUAUUUUACUUUUCUAUUCUCUGAGACUGAGGUGGACCCUGAGCAGAAGUGGUGACUCUGUACAAUACCAGAUUCAAUGAUGUCCUCGGAUAACUCUGGUGUUACCUGCAUUAUUAGUUAUAAUUUGAUGAUUUAAAGCUUAACCUCAUGCUGGUGCACAGUUAUCUAUGAGCCUGUCUUUUUGAUGACUGGUCUCCUCAUAUGACCCAGGUAUCUAUCCCUGUGGCUGAUGCAACACUUCCAAACUCUGUGACCCACACUGUAGUCACCUGUGGCUGACUCUGUGGCUCCCCUCUCAGCCACCGCAUGCACAGGUGUGUGUACAGUGAUCAGUGUUAGAAAUAAUUGGUGAAAUACCCGGCAUGUUCUAAAUUAUCCUAAUUCUGUGAGCUGGUUUAAAUGGACCUUGAGUUUGUAGUGCAGGAUCAUUACAUUGGAAUUUUUUUUUAUAAAUACUAUUUUUGAACAUGUGUACUGUAAAUUGCUUUUUACACAGUACUGUAUUAAAAAAUAGCCAAGUCCAUCCAUCGGGGUCACAUUUCUCUGGGUGUCUGAAAUAUUGAUGUUCAAGUAUGAAGUUCUAUUGUAUAUAUAAUUUUGUAAAGAAAAUGAGGUUUGUGUCUGUAUAGACAUACUGCACUAAGAAUGUUCAUAUAAAGAAUUUUUUCCUAUAAUGUGAUGAAAUACUUAAUGCCUUAAACCUGGUACUCAGCCUUUAUAACUGACUUAACAAUAAUAGAUGGACUCGCAGUAUGUUUGGUUUGUAAGUUUUAGUAAGUAUAAAGUAACACCAAAAUCCAUGUCCCUUGUUUUGAGGGUAAGACUUUGAAACAGUGCUAAUAUGAAUAAAAAAUUUGUUAUUUGCCUCGUAAGUUUAAUUAUGAUGUAGAUUUAUGGAUAUGAAAGCACAGUGGCACAGAAUCACAGUUAAAGCAGGAAUUUAUUUGCCUUAGUUAAGAGGGAACUAAGUUAAUGUGACAUAAGCUGUCAGGUUUUUGAGACCCAUUCUUCACUAGAUCAGAAGGAACCCUGUAAGUCAUGCCCUCACCACCACUUCCCUUCUCACAGUACAAUGGUUCAAACAAUGCUAACAGUCCAGUGCAUCUUAAGCAAGAGCCAACCAAUCAUGUUCAACUUAUUUCUUGGUCACUUGUGACAUGGAAAUAGAUUUUUUAUUUUUUUUAUUCUGUAACAAAACUAGUUUUUCUCUCUCCUCUUACUACUGUAUUGUGUAUGUGCUAAUUAUUUACAUGAUUGGUAUCUAAGUAAAACAGUUAUUUGUUGCCAAAUAUACUGUGAGUCUUGUUGUAUGAUUUGCCACAAUAUGAGUAUUUUUUAAGGGUUUACAAGCCCUAAAAGGUGACGAAGUAAAAAUCAGCAAGUUAGGCAUUUUUAGCAAGUUUUACUCUAAUGAUGUUAUGUUAUGAGAACAUGUUGACAAAUGUCUUAAGUGAAAAUAACCUUGACAUUAUUGUAGCCUCAUCUCUUUAGCCUGGAAGGAAGGUGUGGGAUGGAGGUGAUAACUAAGAAUAUUCCCGGGUUCCUCCCUUCAAUCCUGUAUUUAUUUUUCCAUUAAAAGAGAGAGAAGUGCAUUACAAUAAUUCAUUUAGUGAGACCGGCAGUGUUGACUAACAGGGAAGGCCUCUGUGCUCAGUUCUAGCAUGGCUGGAAUUGCGUGGCUUGUUUUAGUGAGACGCACUAACUUUUUGUGGCCGUUUUUGUUGUUUUGGCGUAGGAACCUCCCCCUCCCUGUAGCCUCUUGUGGAGAGCCACUGUUACCCAACGCGUCAGUCACUUACAAGUGUGACGUGUGGUAGAGGAAUGUAAGUGUUUCAGUUUAUAUUGACACAAGUUUUAUUUAUAAAUUCAGCUCUUGUUUAAUAAGGAUAAAAAUCUCUAUCUUCACCCUCUAGUUCCCUCAGAUAUCUAUUGUUAAACUAUUUCAUGUAAAUCUUUAGUACUUUCUCAGUUGGUAAGUGAAUGUUAUGGGAUUCUAAGUUCUUUUUAAAUAUUACUUCUCUUUUUUCAAUAUUGCAUAUUUAAUAUCAAUAAUUCUCUCUAUUCAUCACCUAUUAUAAGAAAUGCCAUUUUGGCAAAGCACACAAUUUGUCUCCUUAUCAAGCACAGUAUACCACAUGUAGCAAUUAAUAUUAAGAUAAUAAACACAACUGUAUUUUCUCUAUAUACCUCAUAGUAAUUAGUAAAGUUUAAGAAUAGUUUUUUAACUAAAUGAUGAAGAUACAUUUUUAAGACUUUAGUCAUGUUCUUCCUGAUGUAAAAGUUUAACUGUUCAAGAAUCACUUGAACAAUAGUUAUUUUCCUAAUACUGUAUGAGUAAAACAGGGACUAAUGAUUAACUCGAGACCUUUGGUACUGUAGUCUGGAUUUCUUUAUCUUUUUAAAUGAUUGAGCACUGUACUGUUUUGCUGUUUUUAUUUGAUUUAGUUCUGAAAUUUCAUGCUGCAUAGAUAAUUUCUGCAAACAUUUUAGUUAUAAAGUACAGUAAGUGUUGGUAGUAGUAGGUGCAGGCUUAUUUACCAUGUAGUUCUCACUUAUGAUGACCCGCAAGCUGAAGAGGAGGACAACUCCCUCACCAUGCUGAAUACUCCCCCUAUAUACAGAGGAGAUCACAACCAUCACCUUCCCCUGGGGUUACUGCCUACCGGCAUGCCGACCGUGCAGGAUGCAAAGCCGGCAUUGGCGACGGAAGCAGAGAAGAAGAUGGAACGGGAAAAGCCACAACCUCCUUGCGAGUUAUCGGACGAAGAGAAACAGAUGUUGAUGAUGACAGAAGAAUUCCACAGCUUCUUUGAUCGCUCGACACGUGUCAUGGAGCGAGCACUAGCUGAAGAUACCAACAUUUUUGUGGAUUAUUCACACGACUAUGAGGAGGACGGUGAAGCAUUCUUUAAUAAGAGGUGGUCACGUAAUGGUUGGUUCUUUGAUGAGAGGUGGUCACGUAAUGGUUGGUUCUUUGAUGAGAGGUGGUCACAUAAUAGUUGGUUCUUUGAUGAGAGGUGGUCACAUAAUCGUUGCAUCACUUAUAUGGAUUGGUCACCCCAGUAUCCAGAACUCUUAGUAGCCAGCUACAAUAACAGUGAGGACUCUCCACAUGACCCUGAUGGUGUUGCACUGGUCUGGAAUACCAAAUUUAAAAAGGACACUCCAGAAUAUAUCUUCCAUUGCCGGUCUCCUGUCAUGUCUGCCACUUUUGCCAGAUUUCACCAAAACCUCAUCAUUGGAGAAACAUAUUCAGGAUAGAUUGUUCUGUGGGAUAACAGGAGCCAGAAGGGAACAGCAGUACAGAGGAGUCCCCUCUCAGCUUCAGCUCACACACAUCCAGUUUACUGCAUGAAAGUUGUUGGGACACAGAACGCUCACAACUUAAUAAGUGUCAGCACCGAUGGCAAGAUGUGUUCAUGGUCCCUUGAGAUGCUGUCUCAGCCACAGGAGUCCAUGGAGCUACAACACAAACAGUCCCGUGCAGUAGCUGUAACGUGCAUGGCCUUCCCACAUGGUGAUUUUACCAACUUCAUUGUAGGCUCUGAGGAAGGGGCUGUUUUCACUGCCUGUCACCAUGGGAGGAAAGCAGGUAUUGAUGCGUACGAGGGGCACCAAGGUCCUGUGACAGGAAUGAGCACCCACUCUACUCCUGGACUUAUUGAUUUCUCCCAUCUCUUCCUCACUUCUUCCAUUGACUGGACUGUCAAAUUAUGGUCUGUUAAGUUGAUGCCAAAUGAUCCUUUAUAUAUUUAUUGCAGGAAACAAAGCCUCUAUGAAGUGGCUUGGUCACCCAUCCAUCCAGCUCUCUUCACAACUGUGGAUGGUUCAGGUCGAAUUGAUCUCUGGAACUUAAAUCAAUAUACAGAGGUACCAACUGCUAGCACAGUUGUUGAGGGCAGCCCAGCCCUGAACAGAGUGUCUUGGACAAAUUCUGGCCAACAAAUUGCUGUUGGAGAUGACAUGGGUAAAAUAUGGAUCUAUGAUGUUGGAGAGCAACUGGCCUUACCACGUGCAGGACUAGUUCAUACGAUGGGAGACCUGAAGAACAACCAGGCUGACGAUGACCAAUCUACACGACACUACGACUCAUCAUUUUCAUCACUUACGUCGCUCUCGUCUUCUCCUCUCGGAUAAAUAGUGAAUGUCUAUUAGGAACUACAGUAUAUCCGAUAAAAUAAACCAUUACAACAAAUUAAUUUUUCAAAGCACGUCUGUCCUUGAACUCCAGAGUAUUGCAGGCGGCUUUUGAAUUAUCUAUGUUUCACUAAAAUUGAGUAAAGCUUCAAACUGUAUGAGGGUAAAUGAUAUAACUACUAUAUUAAGAAAGAUCGAUUUUGUUGCAAACUAUAAAACGAUAAAAUGGUCAUUGGGAGUUUAGUUUGUGUUUUUACGUAAAGAUUUACUUUACGUGUGAGUCUCAUCAAUUGUAAGGUAGCCAAAUGAGCUCAUCAUCGCUGAACUCCUUUCUUGUUAGAGGAUUAUUUAUUUGCCAAAGUGAUUUAUUAUUGUUGUAUAUAUAAAUUAAAAUUAUAUUAAGCUC